AAGACAAGAGGGAGGCAAUGGUGGUCUUAUCGAGCAGCAGCUUCUCCAUGAGCAAAGCUUCAACAGCUAUGGCAUCUCUAACCAAUGACUCUCCAUCUUCCCUUCCGUCGAAACCUAUCAAGAAACCGACAAGAAUCAGCCAAAAACCCGGGAAUGAAAAUCAGCAACUAUCACGGAAGCAACGGCGAGCGAAGAAGCCAUCAAUAGCUCAGAUCGAGCGAGCAUUUGGAGCUGGUUCAUAUCGUGAUUCUGAAGGGGAAAUGGAUAUGAAUACAGUAUUCGAUGAGCUUCUUCUAGGCCAUGCUAAUAAAUUCGAAGGAAAGUUGGAGAAGAAACUACGAGAGCUUGGUGAAAUGUUUGUUGAUGGAACCGAGUCUAAGCUUCGUUCCUCCGGGAAACCAGUUUUUAUGUUUACAAUUCAAUGGAUUCUACCAAUAUGGAUCGUGUCUCUGCUUUUGGCUUGUGGAGUUAUCAAACUUCCCUUUAGCCUCCCUUUACUUGAUGACUUGAUCAUGUGAUUGUACCGUUAUAAUACACCACAUGAUCACAAUCACUUUUGUGGGUUAGGCUCAUAAUAAUCUCAAAAGAGAGCUAUUUCUGUGAACUUUUUUAUUAAUCAUAGUUAGAAAAAUGUGUGCAUAAACACUAUCCCGCAAGAGAAAAACGUCAAGAGGUAUAAUAUUGCAGCUCUCUGCUUGAGAUAUAAAAAGGGUUUACUAAACGAAUUGUAUUUUAC